AUGGGGAAAAGCAGUAAGGACAAAAGAGACUUGUACUAUAGAAGAGCCAAAGAAGAAGGAUGGAGAGCUCGUUCCGCUUUCAAGCUCCUUCAACUCAAUGAACAGUUUGAGCUUUUCAAAGGAAUCUCCAAAGUAGUGGAUCUUUGUGCUGCACCGGGCAGCUGGAGUCAAGUUCUUUCCAGAGAGCUUUACGAAGUGCAAAAAAAUCCCAAUGGACAAAUAGUCGCCGUGGACCUACAACCAAUGACACCAAUAAAUGGAGUUACGACUCUCCAGGCAGAUAUCACCCAUCCCAAGACCUUACAGCGGAUUUUGGAUGAAUUCCACGGAGAGUUGGCAGACUUUGUCUGUAGUGAUGGUGCACCAGAUGUUACUGGUUUACACGAUUUGGAUGAAUACAUCCAAGCGCAGUUGAUUCUUUCUGCUCUUCAGCUAACGACGUGUAUUCUCAAGCCUGGUGGGACGUUUGUUGCUAAGAUCUUCAGAGGAAGAGAUAUUGAUUUGCUUUACUCACAGCUCAGCUAUCUCUUCGAAAAGGUCAUUUGUGCCAAACCUCGAUCGUCGAGAGGUUCUUCGUUGGAAGCCUUCAUAGUAUGCUUAAACUAUCGUCCCAGGCCUGAAUGGGUCCCCAAACUCGAGCUAGACAAGUCUACGGAAGAGUUUUUUGAAGAUGCAAAUAUUGGUAAAUCCAAAAACCUAGAGUUCUUGGACCUUCCCAACGACGAGCGAGUGAUUGCAAAAUUUAUUGCGUGCGGAGACUUGAACGAUACCGACUCAGAUGCAACAUACACAUUAGAAGGAAGAAGAGAAGUACUAGAUCCAAUCCAAAUGCCUACCUCUCCACCGUACAAACAAGCACUUGAGAUGAAAAGGAGAGGCGCUUUGGUGAGGAAUAAAUAA